CAAUGUGUAAGUGCGCCGCCCAGACGAGUGGCCAAACUUUUGGACAAGUCUGACUCGCUCACACCGCUGAGGAAAGCCGCAUCAUCCAAGCGUGGACUAAAAUCCCUCCAGCUUCUCGAAGUCACCGCGUGCCGCUUUGAAAAGGCCCUGAAAGUUCUAUUAACAGACGCAUGCACCUCCAGGAGGCUCCUGAAAUUCUCCAUCCGCAUCCCUUGAAAGGUCAACUGAAGUCCAAUAUGGAGUUGCUCUCUUUUCUUCUCUGCCUUGCUGUGGUUGUCUCAGCCUCACGGCAGACGUGUGAUCCUGUGGAGGUAAGCGACAAUUCCUGGAUAUAUGUGAGGCAGUUGCAACUGGGCUGCUGGACCAGCUUCGUGGGACAGGACAAGGCCGAGGUCCACAUCCUCAAGCUCAAUUUUGCUGCCACGGAUGCCAAGAUGUUCUCUCUGAAGAUGACAGACGCCAAACCCAUGAACCUCAUCAUCACGUCGCGGGACAUUGCCUACGGUCUCUACUCGAUCAAUGCUGGCGUCAACAUUUAUAAAAUUAACACCUCGACGCUAACCUUUCACGCCAAUGAGAAACACAGCAACGUCCAUGCCGUCGACUUUCCCAGUGAGGACGAGGAGCUGGUGAGGUGGGCCACUCGCAAGUUCGGUGGCGUGACUUCUUUCACCACCGUGGAAAAUCUUAAAGUGCUGCUUUCAAGGCGCACAGAAGGAACAAAAGCCGGUUCUCGAGAAUGCGUGCUGCACAGCGAAGAUCCAUCAGAGAAGCACUUCAUGAAAAUUGAAGCCGCGCCCUUGACGUCUUCAUUCAAGUCCUGCUCCCCGCCGCCGGAGCCAGAGAAACAGCAGCUACGCGGCCCCACUGCCAACGACGGGGAGCUUCAUAUCAUCAAUAUCCCAGAGGAUGCCAAUGUUCGCAACGUGUCAGUUCGUGUGGACACAAAGAAGUCCAGCGUGUUCCUGAGGGGUCCUCGGGGCACCACGUGGACUUUCCUCAACGCACAGCACACCAAGUUCUGCUCCAACAAUGAGAUUGUGCUGCCUGCCAUGGCCCACCGAAUUCAGCCCCUGUUUGAGCUCAGCAGCGAUCACGCCGAGGACGUGCAGAAGAAGGCUCUGGAUUAUUUUAAGGCCGACGCCUUUACCAGCUACACCGAAAUGAGACCCGAGGGCUCCCAGUUGUUGCUGGUGCUCGGUCGAGACAGCCCAGCAGUGACCGAAACAAUAACAGAAGCCGUGCCGUCAACCACGGCGGAGCCUCAUCAGAUGCCUCUGUUGAUGCAGUUCUACAUGGCGCCUGAUUACCGCUCACCCCUGGACCCCAAUACCAAGGUGCAGUGCGACAAGAAAAUCUAUGCCGAGAUUUCGGGCCACACUCUGGGUGACAUUGUUCUGACUAUCAAAGUGAUGAGCUGCUAUGUGCGCUCCAAGGGCUCCUCCUGCCCGGUAGUUCAGGAGCUCCGCUUCAUACCAGAGUUCUGCUCCUCGAAUUUAUGCCCCAACAGCACACGACUGAGCUUCUCCUUGGAUAACCUGCAGGAGCUCAGCUCCACCACUUGGGACCUGGAAUGUUCUGUCAAACUUUGCUACAGCGAGAAAUGUGGCGAUGGAGGACGAGUGAAAAGAAACUUGGAGGUCACCCAGCCUUGUCAACAAACACUCAACACUCCCUGCUUUGAUUUUGGCCUCCCCGCCAUCCUGGGCAUCGCUUUCGGCGGCUUCCUAAUAGGAGUGUUACUAAUUGGAGCGCUGUGGUUUAUCAAAAUUAAAACAGGCUACCCGACCGGACUGGACAUGGCCUCCUCCUUGUCGUCCGGUUGUCCCUGCUCAGGAGCCAAGCAGCAGCCCGUAUCGUCGAACCCUUCCGCUUCGGAGAACAGCAGCGCAAACGCGAGCAUCGGAAGCACCCAGAGCACCCCCACCAGCAGCAUGGCGUGAGAUUAGGGCGAGGGAAUUGCCGACCCCUUUUCGAGUCAGUUAUGGGUUUAAUUUUUUUUAUUUCAUAAAGAGGCCCAACCACCCCCUGCCCCUUUUAUUAUUAUUAUUUUUUUUAAAAUUGAAACUCGCCAUCUUUGACAUACAAGCCUGGAAUUGAUACGAUUGCGUUGUUUGUACUGUCGGCUGGCGGCAAUGUCUAAUGGAUGGCGUGUGACGCUCACCUCUGUGGUCGCCCUUUAAAGUGUGGCUUCCAGACAGGAAGUUAAAGAGGGCAAGAGGAAAAGAAAAACAAAUUGGCUCCCAGCAACAGGAAAAACAAACCCUGUCCCCCCCUGGGAGCCAGCAGGAAAUUCACUGCAUUCCUCCGCCGAUUGUGACGGUUGCACAAUCAAAGUCAGGGCGGCGGGAGAUGAAGCAAACGACAGACGUGGAUAAAGGCAAGCCUACUGCUUAAAAACGGUUAACAUAAGAACCAACAAAAAUCUAUCAAGCGGUCUUCAAUAAUUGAGCAAAACAUCUGAAACUCUCUCCGAAAGUGGAAUCAGUCCCCAGAGUUCCUGUUGUCCUUUUCAAUAAAUUUUAUGGCUAAUCGCUCUUGUAUUAGGCGGACAAGUUAG